AUGCCCACAUCCAGAUUUAACAACAAUCUCAUCUCCACGGCGGUGCCGAUUGGCCAUAUUUAUCUAGGGGAUGAUGAGACGAAUUACCUCGGGAAAUGUUUUACUGGCGAGGUAGAGAACGUUCGCCUCACAUUUGAGGACCAAUAUGGCCGAACCCGGCACCUGCAGUGCCAAAUUGCUGAAGACGUGGACUUCCUCCCUAACGAAAGCGUUGUGCUAUUAGAAAACCAGAGGGUCCACAAGUUUUAUCUUCAACAGGGCAGCAAGAAGACUUGGCUGCUUUAA